GAAUUGUCAAAAAGAAAAAAACCUAACAAAAAUAAGUUGUCUACAUAUGGAAAAAUUAUACAAAAGAUCGUAUUUAUAAUAAUUGCUUUUCAAUUUUUAGUUUAGUGAUGUAAUGUAACAAAACUUAAAUUAAGUCAAAGAUGCUUCAAAAUAAAUGUCGUCAUUCUCCUGUGUUACCACAUGAAAUAUGUUCAUUUUGCAACACAACAACUCCAGAAACUCUAUUAGAUAUUUGCUUUGAUUACAUAAAUAAACACCCAGGAACAAUAUGUAAUCCUAAUGUGUCAUCAAAGGAACUGCAACUGAUGGAUGGUUUAUCUUUACCAGUGGAGAUAUGUGAAAGGCUGUUAAAUGUUCGGAACAACAGUUUAACACCCGUGGAUUCAAAUUUUAUUAAUCUAUUUAGCAAUACAGACUGUACUAGAUUAAAAAGGGUAAAAUUAAGACAAACUGAGAUACAAAACCAAGAUUUAGAAACCCUUCUAAAACACUCCUUGAUUGAGUUAGAUUUAUCAUUAUGUCCUAAUUUAACUUCAAAUUGUAUCUAUUAUUUUAGUUACUACAGCUCUAAUUUACAGUCUUUAAGUAUAGGUGAAGAAACAGAUAUAUUUCCAGUUAGGCGAUUUGGAAUGUCACCUCUAGAUCAGGAGUUUUAUGAAAAAGGCUACAUUUUCAUGGCACCUAAUCUUAAAAGGCUUACGUUAAAAGGUUUACAUCUACUAAAUCCAGAUUUUUACAAAAUUUUAUUACAGCCCCUAUCUUCUUUAACUCAUUUAGAUUUAUCAAAUUGUUCAGAUUUAUAUAAUUUUUUAUAUACACAACAUCUUGUAAAUUUAACCUCUCUAAUAUUAUAUAAUGUUGAAGGUAUUGAAUCCAAAAUACCCGCUAUUUGUAAAUUGAAAAAUUUAAGGCAUUUAGAUAUAUCUACUUCCAAGUCAAGAAAUGGUCAAGGAAAGUAUAAGAAAGGAAAUACAAUUUUGAAAACUAUUGUAGAUAGUUUACCUAAGUUGACAUCUUUAGAUAUUUCUGGUACAAAUUUGGCUGGAAGAGGUGUUGCAGAAACUACUAAUGGUACAAUGUGUGAUAUCCCUGGUUUGAGUUCAAGAGCCAAUAAUCCAUUUCAAUAUUUGGGCCUUUAUGAGACAUCCCAUGAUGCUUGUUUGAGACAUGACAUACCUGCUAAAUUGAUUGGAGGUAACGCAAAUGAGGAGCAAAUUUUAGUCGCAGCUUUAACAUACUUAGAUAGGACCGAUAUGUUACAGAAAGUCAUGAAUGAACUGUUCCAUUUGUUCAGGUUAGAAAACAUCGAAUAUCUAGGACAGGCACUGAAUAUAGUAUUGGAGGCAAUGAACAGGCAUUUACAUGAAAGGAAUAUUCAAAUAUCUGGAAGCGCUACCUUAUUUUAUAUUGUAAAAGGUACUGGAAACGAAUUACAUGAUGAUGUAAAAGUGAAAAGGAAAAUAAUAACAACUCUUUUGAAUGGUAUGAGUAUUUAUAGAAUCGAUGAGACCAUGAUGAGGAAUGGUUGCUUGACACUAUGUCAGUUUAGGAUACCAACAGAUGUAUUAUUUGAUUAUGUGAGGCUAGUUGACAUUCUUCUCUAUUCAGUAUAUGGAAUGGCGCAGGAGAGUUUUGUGCAAAGGAUAGGCAUAUAUUUAUUGAAUUCUUUGGCCUGUCAAGUGGAUGGACAGCAGAAAGUCAAACUUGGUGCAUUAGGGGCUAUAGAUAGGAUGAUAUGGUUAAUUAAAGAAAGACUGGAAAGAGGAAUAUGUGAUGAUGUAUUGGAAGUAGCUUGGUCAACGAUGUGGAACGUGACUGAUGAAACACCGUUGAAUUGCAAAAAGUUUUUGGCUCAGGACGGAAUGCAACAUUUUUUACAAUGUCUUGAAAAGUUUCCCAAUAAAGAAGAUCUCCUUCGUAACAUGAUGGGUUUACUCGGCAACGUGGCCGAAGUCAAAGAACUCAGGCAUUACCUUAUAACUCCAGAAUAUUUAUCAGUAUUUGCUAGGCUAUUGGAGUCUCAAAGUGACGGCAUCGAAGUUAGUUACAACUCAGCAGGUGUCAUCUCUCACAUAGCUUCCGAUGGUCCGGACGUGUGGACGGUGCAAGAACCAUCAAGGCAUUAUGUGUUAAGCAAAAUGGUCGAGGCCAUCGAGAGUUGGAAUAUAAAUUCUCAAAGAAAUAUUAAUUAUAGAUCUUUCGAACCAAUACUGCAGCUGGCAAAAGUUUAUCAUACACCAGAAUGUCAGCAUUGGGCAGUUUGGGCCUUAGCUAAUUUAACAAAAGUUUAUCCUGAAAAAUAUUGCGGUUUAGUGGAACGAGAAGGUGGUUUACGUCUUCUCAAAGAAUUGAUAUACCAACCAAUGGUACCACCGAGAGUGAAAGUUUUAGCAUCAAUGGUCGUAGAAAAUUGUCGAAAUUUUCAGGAAACUUUGGAUGGAUAGGUUUUUUUUAUAUAAAGUAAACAGGUGUUAAAAUACUC